GGGGAGAGCUGGAGACUCCGAGGCGCUGAGCGCCGCGGCCGCCCGGGCAGAGCCGGCGCGCAGCGUGUAGAGCGAGCGCGGCGGGCGCGCUUCCCGGGCAGCCCCACGCCCCUGCCUUGCGCGCUGCCCGCGCCAUGAAGCACAUCCCGGUUCUCGAGGACGGGCCGUGGAAGACCGUGUGCGUGAAGGAGCUGAACGGCCUCAAGAAGCUCAAGAGGAAAGGCAAGGAGCCGGCGCGGCGCGCGAACGGCUAUAAAACUUUCCGAUUGGACUUGGAAGCGCCCGAGCACGGCGCCGCCGCCACCGACGGGCUGCGGGACAGGACCCAGCGGCUGCAGCCGGUCCCGGCCCCGGUGCCAGCCCGGGUGGCGCCGGCCGUUCCCUCAGGUGGGGGCGCGGACACGGCCGGGGAGCGCGGGGGCGCCCGGGCUCCGGAGGUCUUGGACGCGCGGAAACGCGGCUUCGCCCUGGGCGCAGUGGGGCCGGGACUCCCCACGCCGCCGCCACCGCCGCCGCCUCCAGCGCCCCAGGGCCAGGUACCUGGGGGUCCCGAGGCACAGCCUUUCCGGGAGCCCGGCCUACGUCCCCGCAUCUUGCUGUGCGCACCGCCAGCACGCCCCACGCCGUCGGCGGCCCCUGCUCCCCCGGAGCCCUCAGUGCGCCCGGCCCCCCCCACGCGCCCUGGGGAAAGUUCUUACUCGUCAAUUUCACACGUAAUUUACAAUAACCACCCGGAUUCCUCCGCGUCGCCUAGGAAACGGCCGGGCGAAGCUACAGCCGCCUCCUCCGAGAUCAAAGCCCUGCAGCAGACCCGGAGGCUCCUGGCGAACGCCAGGGAGCGGACGAGGGUGCACACCAUCAGCGCAGCCUUCGAGGCGCUCAGGAAGCAGGUGCCAUGUUACUCAUAUGGGCAGAAGCUGUCCAAGCUGGCCAUCCUGAGGAUCGCCUGUAACUACAUCCUGUCCCUGGCGCGGCUGGCCGACCUCGACUACAGCGCCGACCAUAGCAACCUGAGCUUCUCCGAGUGUGUGCAGCGCUGCACCCGCACCCUGCAGGCCGAGGGCCGUGCCAAGAAACGCAAGGUGUUUGAGCUGGACACCCAGGAGGUCACCGGGCAGAUGAAGCAGGAACAACAUCUGAGGCAAAGGGAGCAGCCUGUAUAAAGCCUGAUGAGUGACCGGCCAUGGGCUUGUCCAAGGACGCUGCUGUGGGCCCUCUUUCCAGUCCAGCUUGAGGAGAAGGUGAGCUCGCCAAGUCCAGCCUUGUCGUCCUCUCUAAGUUGCCACCGGAUGCUCAGACCACCACCUCUCAGGACAGGAGCUUGCCUGCCCCCCUCUCGCCCCCCCCCCCCCGCCCCCCGCAACCACUCCACAGACUUUGCACUUUGCUCUCUGCCUGGUGGGACGGGGAGAGCAAAGCCUUCCCCUUGCCCGGGCCUGAGGCCCACCGUCUGGCUGCAGAAAUUCAUUGCCAAAGAUUCGACAGAGACACUGAACAAAAUGGGGUGAGAAGACCCCCUAGUGAAAAGCCACACUGUUGCUCUGUGAUGUUUACUCCUCCCGUUGCCCAGGUCCCAUCUCACGCCAAAGACGAGUCAGCAGUUCCACUAGGAGCUCGUGGAAAAGAUGGACAUUUGGUGACUGUUGGAAGCGCUUGACCCUCUGACCCGGAACUCCCUUUCUACAGCUGGGCCCUGAGCUGGCUGGACGCAGAUAAACCUUCUGGCUUAUCUGUGCUAGGGAGGCUGUGAUAGGGAGGCUGGGGGCGCCUGUGGGGAGUGAGACCUGAGAUCCCAGCCCCCCUUACCUUCCCGCUGGCUACCCAGGCCUCUGACCCUGAUUUUCCCAUGUUCCCUGGGCCCAGGCUCCUUCUUGGGCCCUAAGCAUCAUGAGAAGUGAAUGGGAGGGUGGGGGGCAAUAUUGACCACCCAUACCUCACCUCAGGGACUUGCCCCAAGGUGACCCCCAGCCGGUCCAGCCAGCCACUCCUUGCCAGGGGCCCGCCCUCCUGACUGGGCACACAAGAUGGCGCCCUGCCUGGGGGCCGGCGGGCUGUGAUGGUUGUGCAGGGGGGCAGAGGGGAGGAAGGGACCAGGGGAAUGGGCCAGUAUGUGGGGAGGUGGGCAUGUUCAAAGUCAAGGCCCGUUCCUUCCUUGUGCUCACAAGGCCAAAGCUGUUCACAUCUGUGCUCAACCAUCUGCUUCAAAUUGAAGUAAAAGCCCCAACAUGUAAAGAAAA